GCUGAUACAAAUUCCUAGUGGUACGCAGUGGUUAUCUGGGAUAUAGUUUAUGUAUUUUUUCAUUCAUUUUUUUGUGAUAUUUAAUUUACCUUAAAAAUAAUAAAAAUCAUAGAGUUAAAUAAAAGUUAUAAAAAAUGUUGAAUUGUCAUCGAGUUUUAAGCCGAUUGUCGAAGAUAACGAGACAAGUCAAUGCUGGUUACAUUGAUCAACAGUCAGAAAAAUUCAUUGGGAGAAUCUGUACAAGAAAUGCGAGUGAUAAAAAAACUGUAAAAUCUGAUUUAAAACCAGCAUCAGGAACAACACUCAAAGCUGAAGAUUGUAUACCUCCAAAAUAUGAAAAAAUUUCAUCAAUUGAAGAACCAAGUUCAACAACAGCAUGUGAUAUUCCAACAGCACAAUAUAAUUCUUGUCCACCAGAUUGUGAAAUAAAUUGUGGUAAAAUUCCACCAAAUGGACCAAAAGAUGAUACAAUAUUUGAAAAUUAUUGGAAACAUAUACUAGCAGCACUUGCUUUAACUGGUGUUGGUUUUUAUGCAUUAACACGUGAUGAUAAAAAUAAAAAAACUACUGAAUCAUCUGAUAAAUCAGUUAAACAAAAAAGUAUAAUAAAAAAUGAAUCAUAUAAAAAAAAACAAGGUGAAAAAAUACGUUAUCCAAUAACUUCAUUAUCAAUACCACCAGAAAUACCAUAUUUAUUAAUUGGUGGUGGUACUGCUGCAUUUUCAGCAUUUAGAUCAAUUAAAUCACAUGAUCCAAAAGCAAAAGUUCUUGUUAUAACCGAUGAAUCAGAUAAUCCAUAUAUGAGACCACCAUUAUCAAAAGAAUUAUGGUACAAUAAAGAUAUGAAAUUAGCAACUGAAUUAAAUUUUAAACAAUGGAAUGGUACACAAAGAAGUCUUUAUUAUGAACCACCAGAAUUUUAUACAAAAGUUGAAAGUUUAAUGAGUUCAGAUAAAGGUGGUGUUGCUGUUGCUACUGGAUGGAAAAUUGAACGUAUUGAUCCAUUAAAAAAAAUAGCAAUACUGGAUGAUGGUUAUGAAAUAAAAUAUGAUAAAUGUCUUAUUGCAACUGGUGCAUCACCUAAAAAUCUUGCAAUAUUUGAAACAGCUGAUGAUGAGAUCAAAUCAAAAGUCAUAGCAUUUAGAACAAAAGAUAAUUUUUUGGAUCUUGAAAAUAGAUUAAAUGAUCCAAAUAUUAAUAAUAUUGUUAUUAUUGGUGGUGGUUUUUUAGGUUCUGAAUUAGCAUGUUCAAUCGCCAGAAAUUUUGAAAAUACUAAAAAAAAAAUAUAUCAAAUUUAUAAAGAAAAAUAUAUUAUGUCACAAAUAUUACCAGAAUAUUUAAGUAAAUGGGCAACUGAAAAAACAACAAUGGAAGGUGUAACAUGUAUUGCUAAUUCUGAAAUUAAAGAUAUUGAAAUAAAUAGUGGUAACAUGAAUUUAAUACUAAAUGAUGGUAAAAAAAUUAAUGCUGAUCAAGUUAUUAUUGCUGUUGGUGUUGAUGCUAAUACUGAACUUGCUAAAACUUCAAAUCUUGAAGUUGAUAAAAAUAUUGGUGGAUUUUUAGUUAAUGCUGAACUUGAAGCAAGAUCUAAUCUUUGGGUUGCUGGUGAUGCUGCAUGUUUUUAUGAUGUUAAACUUGGUAGAAGAAGAGUUGAGCAUCAUGAUCAUGCUGUUAUUUCUGGUAGACUUGCUGGUGAAAAUAUGACUGGUGCAGGCAAGCCUUAUCUUCAUCAAUCUAUGUUUUGGUCUGAUUUGGGACCAGAAGUCGGUUAUGAAGCAAUUGGAAUUGUUGAUUCUUUACUUCCAACUGUUGGAGUAUUUGCUAAACUUGAUGAUAAAAAUAAUAAAUCAUCAGAAACAAAAAAUAAACAUUUAAAUAAUGAUAAUGAAUUGAGUAAUAAAAAUACCAAAAAAAGUGAUAAAUCCGAAUUAUUAUCUCAUACAAUUGAUAAUAAUAAUUCAGACAAUAAUAAUGGCCAAAAAAAAAAUCGUGAUUGUUCAGAUAAUAUUACAAAACCAAUUCAAAAUAAAGAUGAUUAUGAAAAAGGGGUUAUUUUUUAUCUCAGAGAUGACAUUGUUGUUGGAAUUGUCUUGUGGAAUAUUUUCAAUCGAAUGUCUAUUGCUCGACAGGUUCUUGCUAGAGGCACAAAAUAUGAUGAAAUCAACGAAGUAGCAAAACUUUUUACCAUUCACGAAGAUUGAUUGAUUUUUGUUCUUUUUGUUUAGAACUUGAAAGGUCAAUAUAUUGCAAACGUAAAAAACAUGUAAAUAAUAUUUCCAUGAAACAAAAGUUAUCUGUAGGAAUGCAACAAUGAUAAUUCUACUUUUGAUUUUUUUCAAGUAAGCAUUUAAAAUGAGAGAAAUCAUUGAUUUUUAGAUAAUAAAAACAAACAAAAAAAAAAAUAUAACGAAGAUAAGGUAUUAUAAUUUUUUUAUUAUUCAUUUAGUUGUUGAACAUUAAUAGUUUUUUAUUUUACACAAAUUUACAUAACGAAAAGAAAAUAUUAUUAUUGUUGGGAAUUAAUAGUUUUUUUUUUUUUUUUUUUUACAUAAAUUCAUCAGUUUCUUUGUCAAGUGAAUUUACUUUUCUCCCGGUUAAUGAGGGUAAAAUAUUGUUUUGAUAUUUUUUUUCCAGACGAUCAAUAAAGUUCAUGUGUUCAUGACAAUGAUAACCACUUAAAUCCUGAAAA